AUGUCAGACCCAAAUUCAGUUGAUGUGAUUUUGGAAUUUCUGAGGAGGAACCGGUUCACCCGGGCUGAGGCAGCCUUGCGUAGUGAACUCGGCAACCGUUCUGAUGUGAAUGGGUUCCUUCAGAAGCUUAAAUUAGAGGAAAAGGAAUUGUGUAAUGUGUCACAUGAUGAUAAGGGGACGACAGUGCUAGAAAGCCGUGGCUCGGAUUCUCGUGAUAGUGUUGAUGGUUCUAAAGAGCUGAUUGUGAAGGAAAUAGAGUAUGGAACUAGUAGAAAUAAUGUUGAAAGCAAAAGGAAAGCUGCUGCUUCUACAGGGGAGCGUAAUCAAUCCAACGAAGUGGGUGGAACAAGUGACAAAAACUUCAGUUUCUCAAAGGGUUCGGAGGACAAUCUUCUUGAUUUGAACUCAUGGAAGUUUGGCCCUGGAAAUGGUCCAGCGGAGCCUUACCAAACUUAUGGUGGGAGUGGGGCUAGUAAUAUGUUGAAGACCCCAAUGUCUCAGCAAUCAAAAUCUCAAACAAGUGAAGCUGUUGAUGCAGCCAACAGGAAAGCAAAAUCUGGGGAGGAAAAUGCUGUGCCUAUGGAAAGAAAUUCCACUUGGCUUGGAAGUACAAAGUAUGAGCUCAUUCAAAGCAAAGAACCUAGGGAACUGGAUCGACAGCUAAAAUUUAGUAGUUCUUCUCUGAAAGAGAACUUGGUUGAUAAUGCUUUGUCGAGAAAUGAUGAUAAUGUGAAUUUGUCAUUGGACCCGUGGAAAGAUUGUUCCGUGAAGACUGUUUUCCCGUUCUCAACGGGAGCAGGGGAUGUGUCUACGAGCUAUAAUGGGUCAACUUAUUUAGGCAGAAAAGAGGAGAAGAGAAAGGAAGAAACAAGUGAUGCCAGAGCAGCAAUAAAAGAGCAGGUGGAUGAAGUGGGGAGGGCUUUGUACUUAGGAAAGUUGCAAGGCAGUUCCGAACAGAAUAAUUUCAGCAGCCUAAGUUUCCCUCUUUCACCAGAGAACCAGAAGGAAGAAUUUCCUCGGCUUCCUCCUGUUAAAAUCAAGUCAGAAGAUAAGCAGUUGGCUAUUAAUUGGGAGGAGAAGUUUGAGCGCGAUGGACUGUCCGCAAAACUCAGUGGUUCUACUGACAACACUUUGCUUAUUGGGUCAUAUUUGGAUGUGCCCAUUGGACAAGAAAUUAAAACUGCAGGUAUGAGGAGGCCUUCAGGGGGUAGUUGGCUGUCUGUGAGUCAAGGGAUUGUAGAGGAUACGUCUGAUCUUGUAUCUGGUUUUGCAACAAUUGGCGAUGGGUUGAGUGAAUCUAUUGACUAUCCAAAUGAAUAUUGGGACUCUGAUGAAUAUGACGAUGAUGAUGAUGUUGGUUGA